AACCCCGCAGUUGACGCCGUCCUUCAGCCACCAAGCAGGUCCGGCGUGAAAAACUGAAUCCUCAGCCAACCCCCAGCAAGAGGCGUGCUGCUCCUUCCGGGGUUUCCGCUGCCAGGCUGAACCAACAAGCCCGGAAUGCUGCAUUCCUCGGCCCACCCAUGCCCUGCGGCUUUCACCUUUGCUAGGGGAGGGGGACGCGAAGCCCACUCCUAGCAGGACUCUUGCCGCCUGAAGGAAAAGCAGCGGCGGGCAGGGAAUGCGGCAGCAGACCAGCAGCUCGGAGCGGCUCGGGCAGCAGCCGGCACUGGCUGCAGCGCGGAAAGAGUUAAGCGGAGGGAGACAUUCCGCCAAGGAGAAUUCAGAGCGGGGGGGGGGGUCUCAGUCUGGGGAGGCGACCGACCGGCGGAGAACGGGAGAGGCCGGCGCUGCUGCUUCGGAGCGCCGAGUGGGGAGAAAGAGCCGCUCGCGGGCAAAGAGAGAGCGAGCAAGCAAGCGAGAAACUUUCCUCGGAUCUUUCGUCGGCGCGACCUGGAGGAGAAGAUACCCUGCACCCGCCGGGUUGGGGGCGGGGGGGGAAGGCUGCAGGGCUAGCGCGGGGCCGCUUGGAGCAGGGAUGCCGCUGCCCCCCUUGCAGAGGCGCGAAGCUGGCCAGACGUCUCCGAGGGGAGCGCUGAACUAAGGAAGCUGGCGACGCUUCGGCUGGAAUUGCUCCCUGCUCCUUCCGUGGCUUUUCUUUACAAUCCGGAAUCGCCAACGGAGCGGCGGUCACCGCAGCGGCUUUGCUUGGGGUUUCUCGGUCGCGGAGAACGGGCCAAGCUUCUCCCGCUGCGGAGAGCCCGAAAGUAUGGGAGGGAGGGGCGAGACUCUGUUUCUGAGGGGAAAGGGGGCCGUGAGCCCCCCGUUUGAGCUCCUGACACUUCCCCGCCUCUCUAUUUAGCACGCGCGCAAACCCCCCCCCCCCCCCAAUACUUCGCCUUCCUCCCUGAUAAAACCGGGAUCGAAGAAAUCCUCUCGCCGCCCCGGCAGAUCGCUGUUUGUUGCUGGGCGCCCGAUCGGAUCCAAGAGGAGAAGCGCUUGCCACAGGUAGCCAAAGUCAGAGGCGCGACGCGACACGCGCGGCCGGGAGGCGCUGGAGAGAUCGUGUGUGGCCCAAAGGGUGCGCGGGGUGGGAGCUUGUUGCUGGCAGGCUCCGCUCCUCUGCCCUCCCCCCUCCUCCCCAGGCUUCCCCCGCAGCCGAGGAUGAAAGCUUUCCCCUGCGGCCGAGGAAGGCCGGCCGAGCAGGCAGCAGUGCAGCAGGCGGGGAGGCGAGCUCUCGGGUGGGCUCUGGCGGGGGAGAUCGUGGUGUCGAAGAUUGCGCCUGGCAAACCGCGUCAGACGGCGAAGGGAAAAAGCAGCAGCGGCACAAACGGCAUCUGCGGUUGUUGAAAAGCUAUAGAUAAGUCAAGAAUCGAACUGCGCACGGCCGGGACUUUGGCUGGUCCCAAGGAAAGGGGCGGGGUCCCGCAAAGCUGCAACCCCACGGUUACUUUUCAAGCAAUUAACUGGUGCAAAUCGGGAUUUCAAGAACAUCCUUCUCGGCUACAGCGAGGGCGGAGCUUGAUGUCCAGGAUAAGAUGUAAAAGGGAGGGAUCCUCUUCCUUGUUAAGAAAUAAGACUUCUGGUACCCCUGGACUCUAGAUCGAGAAGCGCCCGAUCCUAAACAACCCAGCCGGGCUACUCUGGGAAGUUGCAGUUGGACCUGCACAUUCUCUCUUGAAAGCCUAAUGCUGCUACCUACAGCUUUGCUCUGCCAGAAAGGGAAUGCAGCUGUGCUCCAGUCACAGCAGAAUCUCCUCUGUGCCAGGCAGACACCCCCUUAUAGCUGGAUUUAGAAAAAGGCUGAACUUGGUAGUGGGGGGCAUCCUCCUUUGGCCCCUGCUGGUGGCCCAUCUGGGGAAACCUCUAUAAGAAUGCUGGCCAGUUGGAGAGAGCUGUCUACCAGGAUAAGUGCUAUACUUGGCUGUCUCCUUUUCUUCUGGCUCUUGUACUGCCAUCUGCCCAAGGAAGGAAAGGAGCUGGAGGUGGGGACAUGUGAGAUCACAGCCCUGGAUAGAGAUAUGAGCCAUCCCAAAAGGAUGAUUGCCCGACAGACAGCACGGUGUGCCUGUCGAAGAGGACAAGUUGCUGGAACAACAAAAGCGAAACCUGCCUGUGUAGAUGCCCAGAUCAUUGUUAAUAAACAGUGGUGUGGGAUGGAGCCCUGUGCUGAAGGGGAGCAAUGCACUUUAUUAAUCAAUCGUUCUGGCUGGAGUUGUACUAGGCAACUGGGACGAAUAAAAACAGUCACGGUUUCUUGACAUCAACAGAAUACUGUAAGAGCACCUCCUCCACUUCCUGUGUGCUGAUGGGCAAAAGUUCAGAGGUCACCUCAUCAUGAAAAAUGGGACAAUCCACUUUCUCAGUAUGGGUUCAUCCCUACAAAUCAGGGCCCAUCUCAUCUGUAUUUCCUCUUGUGCCGGCACAUUGGAUGCAGAGGCUACUGAAACAAGCAUCUUUGUGUUGUAUGUAUGAAAUUAACUUUUCUUCCCUCUGCCCAAAGCAAAUAUAUCUAUUUAUAGUUUAUGUUGUGUAUUUUUGACUUGAAAUGCACUUUUCGGUAGACUUUAUUUCCUCCCAUGUCAACAGAAGAUUUGCAUCUUGGUACCCAGGAAUCAACAGGCCUUUCAGCUCUGGAGGAAUGAUGGCCUCUUUGAGACAUAUGGGUGUAACAGACUGAGAUACUUGCUAAAUGUCUGGGAUGCUACGCUAUAUAAAAAAACAUUCUCUUGGACCUCUUCCUUUCCGUUGUUUCUCCUCCUCUGAUCCCAAGAAGAUGAGAUGGUGCUAAACGAUUUACAAUUGGAUCUUCACUGCUGUGGGUAUAGAGGGAAGUAUUCAUUAAAAGGACUGGCCAUAUUCCAUACAAGGCACUCUUCAUAAAGGAGUAAAAUGAAAUAACCAGGUUAAAAAAGCCUGGACAAAAAUGUAUCGAAUCGCAAUCUCCCCCAUUUGUGUCUUAGCAUCUUAAUUAAGUCCUCUUUCUCAUGGUAUCAGCCCCAUCCCCGAUUGAGAAUUUCUGAGCCACUUGUUUUUGUAAGUCAUAGACUGAAAAAAGGCACCUAAAGUAGAUUUCUUCUUGAUUAUGGUAUUUCAUGGAACAUUGAUCCCUUAAAGACAUAUUACUGUAUAUAGGGAUCAAAAUCAAAAUUGUACCCAAGUAGCAAUUUCUCCCACUAUAAAUUUAGUAUCAUUAUGAACAAGAACUAUAGAUUAAUGGCUGUCAUAAUCUACCAUUAUCAGCAUGGAUAUUGGUAAAGCCCAGUUGUGAUUGACAGUUCAGAGAAAAAUACACAGAUCCAAGUAGAACUUUUUCUUCCAGGCUCAGCCCCAUCCCUCAACCCCUGGGUCCUAAAAAUAAUUAAAAGACUCUGGAGACUACUAGAUCAUAGUGAUCAAUGACUUGAAAAUUAGUUCUAUAAAAACAACUCCGCAUUGCUUGUGCACGCCCAUAUGUAAAUAUGAAAAGUCUUGGAUUCAUUCUCAUGCCAAUCUUAUUUUUCGUUACAGUGUAAAUUGAAUCUUUUGUUUCAAGAACUUUUUCCUGUGUAAUAAAUUUCCACAAUUUGUGAUGUCAAAAAAAAUGUAAGGAAAUAAAAUUCUAACUUUAUUAAUCAAA